AGAGAGGUGCCAGGUGGUCUUCAGGGUGGCAUUUUCAAGGUUUGGGAAUGAGGAGGGCAAGUAGCUGGUCUCCCCUCCACCUGAAUCAGGCUGAGGACUCUAGCCUCAAGCUGCAGCAGUAGUGACUUGGAGUGGACGCCAGCAAGAAUUUCCUGACCAACAAGGGUGUGUGUGACACGCUGGAACAGGAUAGACCCCACAGAGGCGGAUAUCCAAGUUAGCAGAGAGGGUGCCAGUGCCACCAAAGGAUUCUGAAUAUUUCAUCCCAGGAAUUUCCUGAAACGUGACAGGAAAAGGAUCACCUCCAUCCUGAGCCUGCUCAGCCACCUUCCCCACCCAUCCACUCUCUGUCCCCAAGGUGGAGCUGGGACCCCAGGGAGAGAGGUGUAAGCUACCAGGACUCCUGCUGGGCCUCUCACUGGGGCAGAAUGGCAGAUGCCUCCGGGGCAGAAGAUGACCCGGACUCCAUGUCCCCGGAGAUAGAGCUGGUAGUGGGGGCUCCCCAGGUGAGGUCAGAGCCCGGGUCCUCUGAGGAGGCCGACCCACCAGCCCCCAGCGUAGAUCAGCCAGAGGAACCAGCCCAGCCGACUCCCACCAUCUUGGAUGACUCUCAGACCUUCAGCCCUGAGUUAUCCUCAGAAGAGAAGGCAGCGUUGGACUUCAUCGAGACCUUUCUCAAGUCUGAGAAUCAGGAUGAAACCAGCAAACUCGGUUUCCUGAAGUCAGUCAGCCUCUUGUGCCAGGAAGAGGGAGUCAUCCAGGGCCAUCUCGAGAGCUUCUGCAGUAAAGAGGUUCUGGUCCAGACACUUCAGGCUCUGAUCCUGCAAGAGAUGGAUAACUUUCUGCCCAGCCCGGUGCUACCACAAACUUUGCUUUGCAUUGCUGAUCUCAGUCAGGUGAAGCCUGGCCUGAACCCCCUCCAGAAACAGAGCCUGAUCCAAGUGAGCAUUGGCAGUCUGCUUUCUCUGCCCUGCAUCAUUCUGCUGUGCCCCGAACCCAUGGGCCCCAGUGCUCUGUACAUACAGACUGUGAAUGCUCUGAGUACACUGCUGAAUGCUCUGUUGGAGGAGAAUUCGAAACUGAACAUGCUCGUGGUGCAGGACAUUGUGGAGGUCACCCUGCCCUGGUUGACCUCUGAUAAGGUCCAUGAGCGAGCCCGAGCUGUGGGCACCCUCGCCCAAAUGCUGAAAUUUGUCGACCAUUACCCUGUGCUGAAGCACAUGGACUUGUUCAGCAUGGCCGGGAAGCUGACGGGCUCCCUCAGUCUUUGCUGCAUAGACCUGAGCCAGGAGAUCUGCUUGUGGUCUUCCCAAGCACUGAGUUAUUUCUUCAGCAUCAUCACCAGGCAGCGGUAUAAGUCUCUGAAGACCAAGCGGAUAGACCACUGGAGAGUCAUGAGAGACUGUGAGUUCCAGAAGAACCUCCACUCCGAUUGGUUCUCCAACACAGAAGAUGUUGUCCUGCUCUUUCAGAAAUUCCUGAGCCCAGAGGAGAGGGCAGAUAUGAUUCUUGUAGUCACAGAAAGCAUGACAGACGCCAGCCGACACAACAGCUGGGUGGCCGACAUGAUCCUGCAUGUGGUGCUGAAGCCACCGCUACCCAGAAUCGGGAAGGUGCCAGAGUUGGUCCGAGCCAUUAAUGCUCACCUGCAGAAUAUCAGCUUUCCCUGGAUCCAGAAGGAUAUGCAGAAGAUUUUUCAUUUGCUGACUCAGAGGCACCCAGAAGGAGUUAUCUGGACCCUAAUGGAAUACCAGGACUUGGAUGAACAGGAGCUAUGGAGGAUCCUGGCAUCAAAUGCAAAGACAAACCAGGAGGUCCUGAGUGUUCUGAAGAAGAAACUGUGGACAGCCCAGGCCCAUGAGAAGGGAGAAGGGGACUCUGGAGAGCCGCUCCAGCUGACCACCAUACAGGCUACUGGAGCCCUGUCCAAGCUGUUGCUGCAGGUUGGCUGCCGCCGGGAGGUGCCUGCCUUCUACCCAACCCUGCUGGUGGCCCUCAUCUCCCAGCUGUCCUUCCUGGUGGCCAGCGAGAACAGUGAGAAGUCCCAGGAGCAGCAGGGAGAGCCUGCCAGCCUGGAGCUCAUGAGCUGCACCCUGCAGGUCCUGAAGACUUUGAUUCGUUGUGUCGGCAAUGGCGACCAGGUGACCUACGUCCAGCUGCAUGGGGGCUGGAACCUGCUAUCCAGCCGCCAGAGCCACUUGAAAGGCAUCUCACUCCUGGGCAGGCUCCUCUUCCAGAUCCUGCAGGAGGGGAGUCACGAGAGCCUGGUCCCCACCAUGACCUUCUUCACUGAGCUUCUUCAGAGUUCGGACUUGGCGGCCUUGGUGGACGAGUCCAUCAUCGGCUUGAUCGAGAGCUGGAUGGAGGCCAGAGACCCUGCCAUCCACCAGCUGACGCUGCGGGCCAUGGCGAAUCUGGGCCUGCACCAAAAUACGGAGGGCUACCUCCUGGAGCUGCAGCCUGUGGUGUUGAGCUGCUGCUACUCCAACCCGGAGACCACCACACGGGAAGCCUUGGCAGUGCUCAGACACAUCAUCCGCGUGGCCGACCCUCGCGGCCGGGCCCUGCGCACUCUGGAGAUCGCCGUCGCCCUGCACCCCUUCUUCGACGGUGAAUCAGAGGAUCUGCGCCUAACAGCCAUUGAGACCUUUGGGGCUCUCAUGGAACGGCUGAGGGGUCUCUAUUUGGAGCCACGACUGCGACGGCAGGUCCUCAGCAGCCUGGUGCCCCUGGUUCUCCACCUGGAGGAUGAGAAUGUGUGUGUGGCUCAGUUUGUGGCCCCAUCCCAUCUGUGUGGGAACCCCUCCCCUGCUCUUUCUGUCCUCCAGGAGUGUAGGCUGGCCCUCCUCCACAUCGCAGAUGUGCUGUUUUGGGCGAAGCUCAGGCGGGUGCUGACCCAGGUGUCGGCCCAGGGAGCCGUGUGGAGAGUCAGUGAGUCCCUGCUGGAGGAGGGGAAGAGGACGGCCCGCCUGUUCCUGAGCCAGACUCUCGGCUUCUUCACCCACUCCCAGGCCUCGAUCCGCCGGGUGGCCGUGUGGUUUGUUGGUCUCACGAUCCGGCACUUGGACGUCCAGGAUGAAGGGGAGCUAGAGCGCGUCUUCGUGGCUCUGCGACGGCUGCAGGGAGACCCCGAUCUAGCAGUCAGCUGCCUCGCCUCCCAGACCCUCCUCAUCCUGGAGGCCCGAGAGAAACAGCCACCCUGCUGCAGGGGACUGGCCGGCGGCUUCUCCCUUAGGAGACCUUCAUGAAAGAGGGAGCCACCUGGGACGUCCACUCUGGCCCAGCCCUGGAGACUGGGGUGUCCUGCUCCCUCCUCCUCAGACACAUCGCCAGUGAAAUGUUUAUUGUUGCAGAGCU